AUGGGUUUGUUGAGGGACAAGAAGAAAUCAACAUCAAAAACAGCAUCUCCUUGUGCGGAUCUCAGACUUGCUUAUCAUAAUUGUUUCAACAGGUGGUAUUCAGAUAAGUUUUUAAAGGGUCUUUGGGAUAAAGAAGAUUGUGUUUCUGAGUGGGAAAAGUACAAAGAUUGUUUAUCAAAACAUUUGGAAGACAAGAAUUUGAGCCGUUUUCUGGAAUCUGAAGCUUUGAAGAGAGUACCGGCUUCUGUUUCUGAAGGGCUGAAGGGGUGAAUGAACAAUGUUUUAGCUAGUCUAUUUGUGCUAAAUGAGUUAUAGGAAGUGAUUGGUUUUGAAAAUUGAAACUUGCUUGCCAAGCCUGUAGGAUUUGACUAACUAGCUUUGAUGAAGUGUGGAAG